AUGGGGAACUUGUUGCUGUUUUAUGUGUUUGGGGCUUUACUGAGUUGUCCAUCCAGCGCUGGCUGGGUGGGAAGGGAGUUUGCUGUAUCAUUUAUGCAGAAUUAUGCACCACGCUAUGAUAAUCCUAGCUUUCAGCUGUACAUCACAGCUGUUCAGGCCAAUACUCAAGUGACUGUGCAAGUGCCUUCCUUAAAGUUUAAAGAAGAGAAAACUCUGAAGGCUGGUGAAGGGGUUAACAUCAAGGUCCCAACAGCUGUAGAGAUGUACGACACCACAAAGUCUCCAAACACUGUGCGCAUUGAAGCAUCCGCAGAUGUGUCUGUGACGUCCUUUAGCUACAAGCUGUACACAACAGAUACCGCUGUGGUGUAUCCAACCACAGAAUGGGGUACAGAAUACUUCAUCUUCACUCCGUCUGGAACACCCUAUGGCUCCUAUAAAGAGUUUGCUGUGAUCAAUGGAAAAGAAAACAACAGGGUGGAGAUAUUCCCAGAAACAACAAUCGAGUUCCAGGGUCGUGCCUAUGAAAAAGGCAGUAAAUUGGAAAUUGAACUGCAGCCGUAUGAAAGUGUGCAACUACAGGGCAAGUACGACCUGUCUGGGAGCAUAGUUUCUUCCCGACUUCCAGUUGCUGUGUUCACUGGUCACACAUGUACAUGGCGGUUUUCAAAGUGCAACCAUGUUUAUGAGCAGCUCCUUCCAGCAAGAAAUUGGGGGACCAGCUUCAUUGUGCCCCCUCUGAGCUUCCAGAAGAAUUAUGAUACUGUUUAUCUCCAGGCCUCCCAACCCACUCGGGUCACUGUCAACCAAGGCAACCAAAAAUUUGAUUUCAGCUUCUCCAGGGGGCAGAUAAAGGAGCUCAACUACCACACUCCUGAAACCUUGUUCAUUCAGUCUGAUCGUGGCAUCCAGGUCCUCCUGCUCUUCAAUGGUGUCGAUAAUGGCUUUCUCCAAUACUAUGACCCCUUUUUAUUGACCAUCAUGCCCACAGAUCGCUUCUGCUCAUCCUACGCACUUGGAGGUAUUGAUGGCUUCGAGAAUAAAGCUCUGAUUGUGGCAAAAAACAGUGCAAUGGAAACACUACGUUUGGACAAUGGUAACCUGCCAAAAGAUGUUCAGUGGAAAAACAUUGCAGGGACGGAUUUCUCCUGGGCAGAGAUGUCCUACAAACAAGCCCCUGGCAAUGAUGUUCACUCUGUGUCCAGCUCUGGUUCCAGCUUUGGUCUCUACAGCAUAGGAGUCAGUCAGAUGAAUGGUUAUGGUGCUGCAGGACACUGUACACAGCCAGGAAGUGGAUCUCUGUCCUGCAGCAGUAUCACCUGCAGUCCUAAUGAAGUGUGUGAAAUGAAUAGUGGGUAUCCUUCCUGUGUCUCCAAACCUGUGAAACCAAGGUUUGGUACCUGCUGGGCCAUGGGGGAUCCUCACUACAAUACCUUUGAUGGAAAACGCUAUGACUUUAUGGGCACUUGUGCCUAUAUCAUUGCUAAAAAGUGUGGAGAUAGCAGUCUUCCAGCCUUUGAAGUCCUAGCUGUAAAUGAAAACAGGGGAAGCAGCAAAGUGUCAUAUGUUGGCCAGGUCAUUAUAAAGGUGUAUGACCUCACAAUCACCGUGGUUCGGUCUGAGAAUGGCCGUGUGCGAAUUGACAAUAGUUUGUGGAGUUUGCCCAUCGUUCUGAGCAAUGCCAAAUUAAACAUAUUUCAGAGUGGUCGCUCUGCAGUUAUAGAGACCAGUUUUGGUCUCACAGUUCGUUAUGACUGGGAUCAUAAUCUUGUAGUAUCUCUGUCUGACAGUUACGCUGGUAAGACCUGUGGACUCUGUGGUAACUUCAAUGGCAACCCCAAUGAUGAUUUUGCCACACCCUCUGGAGUUCAGGCUGGUGAGGUUGUGGCUUUUGGGAGCAGCUGGAAGGUGCCAGGUGUGGGGACAGAUCCUCAGUGCAGAGAUGACUGUGUGGGUGGGUGUGGGAGCUGUGAUAACAAUCUGAUGAAUAAGUAUGAGGGUAUUUCAUUUUGCGGGCUCAUCACAAAAGAAAAUGGCCCAUUUAGCAAGUGUCAUCCAGUUGUUAACACACAAGCAUACUUAGAAAGCUGUAAAUAUGACUUGUGCAUGGGAGGUGGUCUUCGACAAUUUCUCUGCAAUGCCCUGGAAGCUUACAUUGAUGCCUGUCAGGAUGCUGGGAUCCAGGUUCAAGACUGGAGGACCAUGGCAAAAUGCUAUGCUAAGUGUCCUGCCAAUAGCCACUAUGAGCUCUGUGGAAAUGCCUGCCCUGCCACUUGUUCUGACCCCAAUGCCCCCUCUAAAUGCAAACGCCCCUGUGUGGAAACCUGUACCUGUGAUAAAGACUUUGUUUUAAGCGGAGACAAGUGUGUUCCUGCUGCAAAGUGUGGUUGUACCUAUGAGGGUCGAUACAUUCCUGCUGGGGAGGCAUUCUGGGCCGACCAGAACUGUAAGCAAUGGUGUAAAUGUGUCCCAGGAAGCAGAAGUGUGGAGUGCCAGAAUAAAGGCUGUGGGGAAAGUCAGCAAUGCAAGGUGGUCAAUGGCAUAAGAAAAUGUCAGCCCAUGUCGUUCAGUACUUGCCAGGCCACCGGUGAUCCCCACUAUGUGACAUUUGACAAGGAGAAGUUUGACUUCCAGGGCACGUGUGUGUACCAACUUGCUGCACUCUGCUCCAAGAACCCAGAGUUGGUUCCCUUUGAAGUCCGGGUACAGAAUGAGAACCGUGCCAACAAGGCGGUUGCCUACACUAAACUAGUCGAGAUCAAAGUGUACUCCAUCAACAUUGUCAUAACAAAUACACAUAAAGGCUUGAUUAUGGUAAAUGAUGAGCUGGUCAACCUGCCUGUCAGUCUUAACGAGGGACAGGUAUCCGUGUAUAAGAGUGGCUGGUAUGCUGUCGUCACCACAGAUUUUGGCCUGAAAGUCACUUUCAACUGGGAAAGUGCUGUCUUUGUAACACUGCCCAGCAACUACAAGGGAGCAGUCUGUGGACUCUGUGGUAACUACAACGGGAUACCCCAGGAUGAUCUGACUCCAAGAAAUGGCAACAAACCUGUCAAGCCUACAGAAUUUGGUACCAGUUGGCGAGUGGCAGAGAUUCCAGGCUGUGUUGAAGGCUGUAAAGGGGUGUGUCCUAAUUGUGACAUUACCGAAAAAGUUCAAUACGAAAAGAGAGAAUUUUGUGGCAUGAUCAGUGACCCCAAAGGGCCUUUCCGUGAGUGCCAUGCCAAGCUAGAUCCAGCUGGUUAUUUUCAAGACUGCGUUUAUGAUGUGUGCCUGUAUAAGGGCAGAAAGGACGUGUUGUGUCAAGCUAUUACAUCAUACACAUCUGCCUGCCAAGGAGUGGGUGCAACAGUGUACAGCUGGAGGACCAGUCAGUUCUGUGCUGUUAAAUGUCUCAUUAACAGCCACUAUGAAGUCUGUGCGACUGCCUGUCCUGCAACAUGCAACAGUCUGGCUCCUUCUGGGGGUUGUGAAGCUUUGUGUCAGGAGGGCUGCUCCUGCAAUGAAGGUUUUAUUCUCAGUGGAGAUCUCUGCGUCCCCUUCUCACAGUGUGGCUGUAGCUACAAUGGCCGCUACUACCGUGUCGGUGAAGUGUUUUAUCCCAGUGGACAAUGUCAGGAAGAAUGCAAGUGUGCAGAGGAUGGAGAGGUUGUAUGCAAAAAGUUUACAUGUGGCCCUAAUGAGAAGUGCAAGCUAGAAAACGGAAUCCAGAAAUGUUUCCCUAUUGGUAAAGGGGUGUGCCAGGCCUCUGGUGACCCUCAUUACCUUUCGUUUGAUGGGCAAAAAUUUGACUUCCAGGGCACAUGCACCUACACUCUCUCUAAAAGCUGUGGGCUGGAAGGUACCCACCUGGAGGCCUUUUCUGUCCAGGUGGAAAAUGAGCAGUGGGACCAAAUGAGGGGAAAGAAAAAGGUUUCAGUCACCAGGUUGGUUGCAGUGGAGGUCUACGGUUUCACUCUUAUCAUGAGAACAAAAAUGCAAGGAGUGCUGGUUAAUGGAGUAUUCCAUAAUCUUCCUCUGAAUCUUAAUGAGAAAGCAAUUCAAGUUAAUCAAGAAGGAAGAAAUUUUGUUAUCAAAACUAAUUUUGACCUGAUCGUAACCUACGACUUGGUCUAUCAAGUAACGGUCACAGUACCCGGUAAUUACCGUGAAAAGGUUUGUGGCCUGUGUGGCAACUUCAACGGGAACAAUAAAGAUGACUUCCAGAUGUCCAACAAUAAACUCACCACCAAUGUCAAUGACUUUGGGGGAUCAUGGAAGGUCACCAUUCCUAAUGUGGUGUGUGAAAAUGGUUGCGAAGGGAAUAACUGUCCCAACUGUGACCCAGCUCAAAAGGCUGUGUUUUCCAAACCCACUUACUGCGGUAUUCUAACAGAACCUAAAGGUCCGUUUGCAGGCUGUCACAGCAAGCUCAACCCCCAGCCAUACUUUGAUGACUGUGUGUUUGAUUUGUGUGCUUCCAAUGGAGAUGGAGCCGUGCUUUGUGACAGUGUAGCAGCUUAUGCCUAUAACUGUCACUUAGCAGGAAUGGAUGUCAACAGCUGGAGGACUCCAUCUUUCUGCCCCAUGAAAUGCCCCUCCAACAGUCACUAUGAGCUGUGUCCCGAAAACUGUGCUGCUUCUUGCCCCGGCCUCACAGAGAUUGCAGACUGCCCCACCGGCUGUGCAGAAGGCUGUGAAUGUGAUACAGGUUUCCUGUUCGAUGGACAAACAUGUGUCAGAGAAACUGAAUGUGGCUGCUAUGAUAAAGGAAAAACAUACAAGCCUGGCGAAGUUGUAUAUGAGGAGGAUUGCAACACAAAGUGCACCUGUAAUCCAGCAACAGGCCUCACUUGUGAAAAACACACCUGCCCCACAAGCACCAAGUGCAUGGUCAAGAAUGGAAUAAAAGGAUGCUACAAUACAGACCCCUGCAAAGAUGCCAAGUGUCGUGUUCAAGAAACAUGUCGUGUAGAGAACGGUGAGGCUGUGUGCAUCCCUAAGUACACAGGCACCUGCUGGGCUUGGGGUGACCCCCACUAUCACACAUUCGAUGGGCUAAACUUUGACUUCCAAGGAACCUGCAAGUACAUCAUUUCAAAGACCUGUGGGAACGUGGACGGUCUAGUGCCAUUCUCUGUCACUGAGAGGAAUGAUAACAGAGGAAACACAGCCGUUUCCUACGUCAGGGAGGUUGAUGUGCUCGUGUAUGGGUACACCAUCACAAUUAGAAAGAACCAAGUCGGUCGAGUCACGGUGAAUGGGGAGCUGCUGAAUCUUCCUGUAAAUCUGGGUGAUGGUGAAGUAUCCGUGCUUCAAAAAGGACCCACUGCCGAGGUUGUGACUGAUUUUGGCCUGACUGUCUCAUAUGAUUACAACUGGCAUCUGGUCAUUAAGCUUUCCAGUAGCUACUACGGUAGUGUCUGUGGUCUGUGUGGCAACUUCAAUGGCAACACAGGUGACGAACUUCAGAAUCCUGCUGGUAAUGCUAUUUCUUCAGUGAUAGAAUGGGCCAAGAGCUGGCAAACACCCGAUCAGGACAAGGACUAUCCGUGCUGGGACAGUUGUGAAAAAAACUGUCCGACCUGCGACGAUAACGACAGGAAACUCUAUGAGACCCAGGCCUUUUGUGGUGCCCUGGCAGCCAAGACCAAUAACGUGUUUAGGAAUUGUAAUGAAAAACUGGACCCCCAGGCCUUCAUGAACAGCUGUGUGUACGACAUGUGUUUCAAUAAAGGGGACAAAAAAAUGCUGUGCCAAGCACUGGACUCUUAUAGUAAACAGUGCCGUGCACAAGGAGUGAUAAUUAAGGACUGGAGACAGACAUUUGGCUGUCCAAUGAACUGUCAGCGUAACAGCCACUAUGAAGACUGUGCUAACCCUUGCCAGCCAUCCUGCCCGUUCCCUGAGGAACAGCAGAAAUGCACAGAUACAUGUAUAGAGGCCUGUGUGUGUGAUAAAGGUUAUGUCCUCAGCGCUGGUGACUGUGUGCCUGCUAAGACAUGCGGCUGCUCUUAUCAGGGCCGCUACUACAAGCCAGGACAGCAGUUCUGGGCCGAUGAGGUGUGUGGUCGCUUGUGCGUCUGCGACACAAGUUUGGGUAUGGUGACAUGUCGCGAGGCCUCCUGCUCCGCCAAUGAGAAAUGCACCAUAGUAGAUGGGGAGCGCACUUGCCAACCCAUCAGUUACGCCACAUGCACGGCUUCAGGCGACCCACACUAUCAUACAUUCGAUGGUCGCAAAUUCGACUUCCAGGGCACAUGUGUUUAUCAGCUGGCUGGUCUUUGCUCUGAGAAGCCAGAGCUGGUGCCGUUCAAAGUGACGGUACAGAAUGACAACCGAGGAAACAAGGCUGUGUCCUACACAAAGACUGUCACAAUAUCCAUUUAUGAUGCUACUCUCAUAGUCAGCAGAGAAUACCCCUACAAGGUCUUGGUAAGUAUUAUUGUGAAGAUAUGGCUCAACGGGCAGCUCGCUUCAUUGCCUCUGGAUUAUAAUAAUGAGCUCAAAGUGUUUCGAAGUGGUAGUACAGCUGUGUUGGAGACAGCAGCUGGAAUUACUGUGAGCUUUGACUGGCAGAGCACAGUGAGAGUCACUCUGCCCAGCAGCUACCAGGGCGCGGUCUGCGGCCUGUGUGGCAACUACAACGGGAAUACCCAAGAUGACUUGACCAUGCAGAAUGGCAAACCUGCUCCUGAUGGAUCCAAGCUCGGGGACAGCUGGCAGGUGGCCAUAGUACCAGGCUGUUCAUCAGUCUGCCAGGGGCCGUGGUGCCAGGCCUGUUCAGACUCCCAGAAGAAGGUGUACGAGGCGACAAAAUACUGCAAUAUCAUUGUUGACAAAGCGGGGCCUUUCAAAGGGUGUCAUGAACAAGUGGAACCUGCUCCUUACAUGGAGGACUGCGUUUAUGAUGUUUGCCAAUACCACGGACAUCGUGGAUCAGUGUGUGAUGCUUUGGAAGUGUAUGCAUCUGCCUGUCAGAGCAGAGGAGUGGCUAUACUAUCCUGGAGAACAGAAUCAUUCUGUCCAAUGGUAUGUCCCGCUAACAGCCAUUAUACCUUGUGUGCCACGGGCUGUCCAUCAACUUGUGCUACCUUGGCCUCAUUUGCCACCACCUGCCAAAGGCACUGUAUAGAGGCCUGUGAAUGUGACCAAGGCUACCUGUUGAGUGGGGAUGCCUGCAUGCCUGUGAGAGAGUGUGGAUGCUCCUAUAAUGGCCAGUACUACAAGAAAGGUGACUUUUUCUAUCCUGAAGACAAGUGUAUGGAGAAAUGCACUUGCGGAGAGAAUGGGGCUAUAACUUGCCAGAAGGUCAAUUGUCGUCCAGGAGAAGUUUGUAAGCUUGUGAACGGAGUUAAAGGAUGCCACCCAGAAGGGGAAGGAAAGUGUGUGGCUUCUGGUGACCCACAUUACAUUUCCUUUGAUGGGAGGAAGUUUGAUUUCCAGGGUACCUGUGUGUAUGUUCUGGCCAAGGUGUGCAAUGAUGACAACGGACAGCUCCCAUCUUUUACAGUCACUCAGGGCAAUGAAAAGUAUGGUAAUGGAAAAGUGGCUGUGACGAAGUCUAUUGCAGUGUCAGUCUAUGGUUAUGUGAUUUACAUCCAGCAGCGAAUGCCAUGGAAAGUCAUUGUGAAUGAUGAACUGUUCAACCUUCCUCUCUCGCUAGAGGAGGGCCGUCUCACAGUUACACAAGAAGGUCACAAUAUAAAAGUCCAAACUGUGUUCGGACUCAAAGUCCUCUAUGACACAGUGUAUUAUGUUGAGGUGAUUGUUCCUUCGACAUACCAGGAGAGAAUGUGCGGCCUUUGUGGUGACUACAACAAAAAAGAUGGUGAUGAUUUCCAACUUCCUGGAGGCAAACAAACUAAUAACGUUGAUCAGUUUGGGAGUGCGUGGGUGCUGGACCUGCCUGGGUAUGUGUGUGGUGGCUGUGGAGGAGAGUGUCCAGUGUGUGAUCAGGCCAAGGCUACUCUGUAUGGAAAGCCUGAAUACUGUGGCAUUAUUAGUGCACCUAACGGGCCUUUUAAAGCAUGCCACAGUAAAAUCAAUCCUGCAGCAUACAUGUCUCAUUGUGUGUUUGAUGUUUGUGCUGUGGAUGGCAACAAGAACACUCUGUGUGACAGCGUGCAGGCCUACGCACUGGCCUGCCAGAGCGAAGGAAUUCAAAUCCAGCCAUGGAGGAGCAACUCCUUCUGUCCUGCUCCCUGCCCUCUGAACAGUCACUAUGAAAUGUGCGCUGACACCUGUGCUGGGACGUGUGCCAGCUUCAUUCAACAAGUUACCUGCUCUGAAAGAUGCUUUGAAGGAUGCCAAUGUGAUGCUGGCUUUGUUUUUGAUGGCAUCCAGUGUGUUCCUUUUGAAAACUGUGGAUGUGUGCACAACAACAGAUAUCUGACGGUGGGUCAAGCAGUGGUGGACAAAGACUGCAGCUCUUCCUGCCUGUGCCAGGCCUCAGGGCUGGUCAAGUGUGAGAAGCUGUCCUGUGCCAGUGUCGAGGUUUGUGAUGUAAGAGACGGGGUCAGGGGUUGUCACAUCAAACAGGCCCACUGCAGCGUCAGCCCAGUUGGCAAGCUCAGCUCCUUCGACAGCAUGUCCGGAACAGUUAAAACUCAGGGGGCAUACGAGUUGGCAUCUGUGUGCGACGAAAACUCUAAGCAGUGGUUCCGUGUAGUUGCGGAUGUCAGGAUCUGCAGCAAGAUGGACUCCAUCGCCGUUGCAGCAGUGUAUGUGUUCUUUAAAGAUGCCACAGUGACGGUGAACAGCCAACAGGAGGCCUGGAUAAAUGGCAGGAAAGUGUCUCUUCCCAGCCAAGUGACCAAUGAGCUAUCGAUCCAAAUCGCAGACAGAAGUGUGAUCAUCAAAAGGCAGUCAGCUGUGUGGGUCACCUACUCCAUUUCGCAGGAGGUUACCGUCACUAUUGACACUAAUCUGUCCGGUAAAAUGUGUGGCGUCUGUGGUAACUACAACAAUGACGCCAAAGACGACAUGAAGACAGCAGAUGGGAAAAUCACCACUGAUGUGUUGGUAGUUCUCAACUCUUGGAGUGCUGGAGACUUCUCUAGAUGCCCUUGA